CAGCCUUGUAGUAAUCUUUCUCAAGGCUGUUUUUUUUGUUAAUCCUCAUUUAACUUUUUUUUAUUUCUUGCCUCAUUCCUCAUUUCGAUCACCACAACCAAUCGUGCGAAAAUGCCCAGCACAGUUGGCGAAGAUUCCUUAAAAAGGAAGCGAUCGAAAACGGCUUCUGACAAGGUUCAUAAACGUGCCAAAGCAGAAAGUAAUGAUACCGACGAUGAUCCCCAAGCCGAAAUUCUGCUUCUUGAAAAUGCGAUCCUCGAGUCUAAAAAGAACUACAAUAGCAUAACGACCCUUCUUGAACUUGCGCAAAAAGACAGCGAUGAUGAUUCUACUCAACUGGCCCUGGUCUCAUUGUGCAGAGUGUUUCUUCGUCUACUCGCAGCGGGAAAUUUGGCUAGGCAGGAAGGACAGGCAGAAAAGGAUCUCGUAGUCAUACAAUGGCUGAGGAAAACUUUUGGCGGCUACAAGCAAACUAUCGUCGAUGCGCUAGGUCAUGAGAACUCUGCAUCGACCGCUUUGACCCUGGCUAUGCGUAUCCUGCAAGCCGAAGGUCAAUAUAUGACUGAUAAGGGUGAAUCCAGUUUCCCCAAGGCUUUCUUGAAGGAUAUAGUGGAUGCGCUUGUUCGCUGCGAUGAUGAAGAUAUUCGACAAGAGUUUUGUGAAAAGUUCUUAGGCGAGUACGCCGAUAUACGAUUCUAUACUUUUAAGGCACUCCAGGAUGUUCUUUCAUUAGAUCCCGAGGAAAACCUCGAAGGGAGCUUUUUUGAUAAUGCCUUCGACUUGUUGUCCUUCUUCGAGGAUGUUCCAAGUUCUACAGAAGAUAUGGGCGAACUUUACGUUAAAGUACCCAAAAAGAAAGCCAAUCUAGUUAUGUCCUUGAAUCAGCAAAAGAGACAAGCCCAGGAAGCGUGGCUAGCACUGCUAAAACUUGGACCCAACCGGGAGCGACGGAAGAAGGUGUUACAGAUCAUAACUAGAUCUAUAGCCCCGUGGUUUACCAAGCCAGAGCUUCUAAUGGACUUCUUAACGGAUUCGUACAACGCCGGAGGCGCCACCUCCCUGCUGGCCCUGUCAGGAGUCUUCUAUCUGAUACAGGAACGGAAUCUAGAUUACCCGUUAUUUUAUCGGAAACUCUACUCAUUACUAGAUGCGAAUAUCCUUCAUUCAAAGCAUCGAUCCAAGUUUUUCCGCUUAUUAGACACGUUCCUCUCUUCGACGCAUCUUCCCGCCGUCCUGGUCGCAAGUUUCAUCAAGCGAAUGACGAGAUUGUGCCUCAAUGCCCCCCCUGCCGCUAUCGUUGUAGUGAUACCCUGGGUUUAUAAUCUCUUCAAAAAACAUCCGCUUUGCACAUUUAUGAUGCACCGUGUACCGCGGACUCCGGAAGAGAAGAAGGUUUUGGAAAAUGAAGGAAUGGAAGACCCUUUCAUUGCCGACGAAGAAGAUCCAAUGGAAACGCGCGCGAUUGAUAGCUGCUUGUGGGAGGUUGUUCAGCUCCAGUCGCACUAUCACCCGAACGUUGCGACCAUUGCGAAAAUAAUAUCGGAGCAAUUCACCAAGCAGUCCUACAACAUCGAGGAUUUCCUAGACCACUCGUAUAGUAGCUUACUCGAUGCGGAGCUAUCAAAACAGGUCAAGAAGGCACCUGUUGUGGAGUUCAUGAUUCCCAAGAAGGUAUUUCUACCGCAGGAUCUAACUUCGGAAGCUGAGGACAAACUUCUAGCUAAGUUCUGGGACUUCCAGUGAUCGCCAUUCAGAUCUUUGGUAUAGUCCAGGUAUACGCGUCAGGUAAACAGGGAAUCCUCGGUAAUCAGCCUUCAAAGGUUUACGAGUUGGAGGUUACUGCGGCUGUUGGUCCGAUGUUGCUUACGGCUAUCCCUUUCCUCGUAGCCUGGCGUGGGUCGACGCCAAAGGAAUGGGUUCGUCUUGUUGCGAAGCCACUCACCGCCCCGAUUAAAUACAAUCUAUCGUCGCGGACUCUAUUUUCGGAUCAAGGCUGCGAAGAAUUGCUUAGGGCCUUCCUUGUACUUGUCUACGGUUCCUUGCAACUUCGUGCUACAACGGCAGUAUUAAUUUAGUACGCCGAUGCAAGGUACGAGUUGACAACCUGCUGCGCAUCGUUCGAUUCUGGAACUUGCUUCGACGCGCAGCCUCAAGCCCCUCUACCUUGCCCUACGUAACGCGGGGUGGGGAAAUAACUAUUU